UCACUGUAUUGGGUUUUUAUUUUUCGAGAACUUUCUUUGGUUUCUCCAUUAAAAAUUGUUCAUCUUCUCCUUUUUUUUUUUUUUUUUUUUUUUUACCCUUUUCAUUUGCAUCGAAUCCAUUUGUCUUUCAUCAUGCACCUAUUUUCCAUCUUAGCUAAGACGAUUGUGUCUGAGUCACAAAAAAGACUACCUACAGAAGAUAAAAGUGGUGCUGGUAUCAGAAUUCAUGAUAACAAUGGAGGAGAGGAAUCCGCAGCCGUGCGAUUUGAAGGGGAAGUGUCACUGGGAGAUUUAAUAUGGCUCAAACUCCUUGGGAAAACAUGGUGGCCUGCAGUGGUUGUUGAUGAGAGAAGUGUUAGUAAGAGCAGUAAACCUGGAAAAAAAUCAAAGGGGGAGGUGCUUGUGCGUCUAUACGGGAGCCAUGAGUACUCAUAUGCAGACCCUAUGAAAUAUCGUUCCGAGUUUAAAACGAUUCUAGAGCAGAAUAACGGUAGUUAUUACGACAUUCUUGAAAAAGGUUUGGAGCAGUUUCGCUCUCGCCUGAAAUCUAGUAAACCAAAGGGGCAAGGAUCUAAGGCUACAGAUUUAUAUUGUGGAUUAGCAAACACAAGAGCUGAAGAGAAAGAGACCGCAAAAAAGAAAAAUCCCCAGCGAAAAGGAUCGAAUGUCGAGGAGAAAGCUAGUAAGAAACUCAAGCGAAAGAGCCCUAGUACCGAUAAACAGGGUAAGAAAAAAGCCAAUGAGCAAGAGGGGCCCCUAAAGAAACAAAAGAAAAAUAACCAAACUGUGGAGCCAAAUAGUCGAAGUGCCAAGGCAAAGCCUAAAAGUUCAACUUCCAAGGAACAGAAAAAGAGCAAAGCUUCGAAGCAAGGCAAGGAACAGAAAAAGCCGAAGCGAAAUAAGCCGAACUCCAUUGACACAAAGAGCAGAACAUCCAAAGAGAAAAAGCUGUUAGAGGAGACUGAUGACCAAAGUUCUGAAGGAUCUUCACCCGGAGAAUCUCCCAAGUCCGGCGCUCGACGAACUAGAGUGAUGCAAGGUUUGGGUUUGAUCGCACCUCCCGGUUCACCAUUCCAUAAGAAUGGACUCAUAUAAGCCAAGUUUGUCAUAACAAGUUUUGCCAAAACUUGCUCCAUGGCAUGAUAUUAUUCCAGUCAAUUUGUGUUGUGACUUAAAUGAAAUUAGCUACAAAAUUAAGUUCAUCCAUGAACAAAGACAGAUUUGCAAUAGUAGCAGCUAAUCCACACUUUCCUAAAAUCUUUUGUAGCAGUUGUUGCGAAGUAGCUGAAAGUUAUUCAA